CGCUCGGGGCUGCGCGCGGCGGGCGCGGAGGGAAGUCCGGAGACAAAGGAGCGCCGUCGCCUCUGCCGCCGCGACCGUCCGGGCCGCGGUCGCCCAGGGACUUUGAAUAUGUCGGGGAUUGCCCUCAGCAGACUCGCCCAGGAGAGGAAAGCGUGGAGGAAAGACCACCCCUUUGGAUUUGUGGCUGUCCCAACAAAGAAUCCUGACGGCACCAUGAACCUGAUGAACUGGGAGUGUGCCAUCCCAGGAAAGAAGGGGACUCCAUGGGAAGGAGGUUUGUUCAAGCUGCGAAUGCUUUUCAAAGAUGACUAUCCGUCCUCACCACCGAAAUGUAAAUUUGAGCCACCACUAUUUCACCCAAACGUGUACCCUUCGGGCACAGUGUGCCUGUCCAUCCUGGAGGAAGACAAGGAUUGGAGGCCAGCCAUCACAAUCAAGCAGAUCUUAUUAGGAAUACAGGAACUUCUAAAUGAACCAAAUAUCCAAGACCCAGCUCAAGCAGAGGCCUACACAAUUUACUGCCAAAACAGAGUGGAAUAUGAAAAAAGGGUUCGAGCACAAGCGAAGAAGUUUGCCCCCUCAUAAGCAGCAGCCCUGAGGCUCCAUGACAAGGAAGGGAUUGGCUUGGCAAGAACUUGUUUACAACCUUUCGCAGAUAUAAGUUGCUCUGUACAGUUACUAGUUGCCGGGAGGGUUGGGCAGGCGCCAUUUUCCAUUUCCGCCACUGGCAUACAGUUCUCGAUUCGCUGAAUUCCCCAGUUUUUCAUACAGGGUCUCUUCCUUCGGUCUUUUGUAUUUUUGAUUGUUACGUAAAACUUGCUUUUAUUUUAAUAUUGAUGUCAGUAUUUCGACUGCUGUAAAAUGAUAAACUUUUGUACUUGGGUAAGCCCCUAGGAGCUAGUUCCUUCGCUCAGAUGCAGGCAUGCUUCACACUGUUGAGAGCUCUCUGGCCUCCAGCUGGCUGUGACAGAACCACAGUCCUUCCUCCCCGCCCUCGUCCUCCUCCACCUCGGCUGUUGCUUAUGAGCCUCAGAUCCAGAGUCAGCCAGCGGCUCCAUUCUGCACCACUUCCUUUGUGUUUCUAUGGCGUUUUGUCUGUGUUGCUGUUUAGAGUAAAUAAACUGUUUAUAUAAA